AUGGGUUCUGUCACAACGGGGAAGCCCAAGGUGGUCUCCAUCACCUACCCCUCUUGGGCCGGGGAAGAUUACAUGGCUGAGUUCGAAAAGAGCUUUGAUCUUCGAGUGGUUGUCCCCAGCGAUCGCAAAGGCACCGUGGCGGCGCUCAAGGCCAAGGUCGAGUCCGAUGGGCCGUUUGACGCCAUUGUUAUCCUCAUGGGCAUUGGACCCUACGAGCCGUUCGACGAGGAGCUCCUGAAGCCGCUGGUUCCGCACUGCAAGCUCAUGGUAUCGGCGUCGGCCGGCUUCAACGAGUUUGACGUCGACUGGAUGACUAAGAACGGCAUCGUGUUCUGCAACAGCCGCAACGCCGUCAACGAAGCUACCGCUGACCUGGCUAUAUUCUUCAUCCUCGGUAUUCUGAGAAACUUCUCGCAACUGCAGAAGAGCAUUGCUCGUGGGAAAUGGCGGGCUGGUCUGCCGCCGGUGCGGGAUCCGUCGGGCUUGACGCUGGGAAUGGUGGGCAUGGGCGCCAUUGGAAAGCAUGUAGCGCGGAAAGCAGGGUGCUUUAACAUGAGGGUCAAGUACUACAAGCGGACGCAACUCCCUGCCGACGAAGAGGCAAAGCUAGGCUUGACGUACUGCGCGUCGCUGGAUGAACUGCUGGCGUCUGCCGACGUGCUGUCACUACACUGUCCGCUAAACAACGAGACUGUCGGUUUGAUUGGAAAGGAGCAGUUCGCCAAGAUGAAGGACGGCGUCUUCCUAGUCAACACCUGCAGGGGUCCUAUUAUCGACGAGACGGCCUUGAUCGAAGCCAUGGAGAGUGGCAAGGUUGCUCGAGCGGGACUCGACGUGUUCCACAACGAGCCCAACAUCAACCCCUACUUCAUCGACAACGAAAGGGUCAUGAUCCAGCCGCACAUGGGCGGGUUGACGGACGUGGCAUGGCAACGAGCAUACCGGGAGGCUUUGGAGAAUAUCAAGGCAUUUUUUGCGACAGGAAAAGCCAUAUCGCCAGUGAACGCUGAGGAGGAUCCCUCGACGAAGCGCUCCCUCCCUCCAGGAUACGUCAGCACACUUGAGGCCCGAGUCGCCUACCUCGAAGAUCUGCUCAAAGAUGCCCGUCCAGAUAUCGCCUUGGAUCAUUGGGAUGACGCUUCGGGAUCCGGGGCCGACGCCUCCCACACCGAGACGGGCACAACCGCCGUCACUGUGCCGACCGACAUCGUUUCAGACGCCCCUAACCGCGACAACAGUCCGGGUGUCAUAACCCACGCAAACGGUACUUCCGGCAACAGUCCAUCACGGAUCGAUAUGCUUUGCAUGGACUCGGCCCGAGGGCAACCAUUCUAUUUCGGUUCCUCCUCGCCGCUUCUCUUCACGCGCCUUGUCAGCUCCAUGCUGCGCGGGGUCCGAUCCCAGGCACCUGGCCUCACCAUGAGCGGCGUGGACGACGAGCUGCUUGCCGAGAUGCCGCAGCUCGCGCCGGCUCUCCUACCAAACCGCUUCUUCAAUGACUUGCUCGUCAAUGCUUACUUCGCCCACGUCCAUCCUCAGUACCCCUUUCUCCACCAACCUACCUUCAUCAAGAGCCAGAAGAACGUUCUAGACGCGACGGAAAAUGCCAUUCCGCCUGACCCUGUCGAGUUUUUCUUUGUCUAUAUGGUAAAUGCCGUCGGAGCUCUUGUUUGUCCAGCCUACUCUACAUCCCCAGCCGAGGGUCUAUACGCGGCAGCAGAAAACCUUAUGGAACACGUAAUGAAAAAGCCGAGCCUUCAAACAAUACAGGCUAUCCUCUGCUGCGCCAUGUACUCGAUGCGAUCAUCAAGCGGUGUCUCAGUCUGGAUGCUCUCCGGGCUAGCGUUGCGCCAAUGCAUCGAGCUCGGACUACACAGAAAAUCCGUCUGGAGAGCCAAGGGGGAUGUACUCGCCACCGAGAUGCAGCGUCGCGUCUUCUGGGUUGCCUACAAUCUUGACAGGUCCGCUGCAUUUUCUCUGGGAAGACCCCUGGGAAUCCCGGACCGCGACAUCGAUGUAGAGCUCCCAGCCGACGUUGACGACGAAGACGUCACGCCAGCCGGAUUUUUAAGGGAACCACGCCAACACCACUCGGAGCCCGCGAGACAAGUGUCCGCCGCAGUCCACACGAUCCGACUCCGACGAAUAUGGGGCGACAUCCAGUCCUUCAUCUACCCAAUAGAGGACGUGAACCAGGAGGCCAACCGACCAGGUUUCACGGUAGCCCAUUUGAGACAACGGCUACGAGACUGGCUGGAACAGAGACCUGGUGAUCUCGGCCCGGGAGACAAUAACCACGGCGUGCCAUUUGGGUCCGACAAGUGGUUCCUUCUCUCGUUCCACCACUCCAUCCUCCUGCUGCACCGACGCCGUCUCAUCGCAAGCACCGACACCGACACCUCCACCACGGGCGAAGCCUCGCACGACCUCGCCGGCGUAUACCUCGAAUGCGCCGAAUCGGCCGCGACGAUCGCCCGCACCUACCAAGAGCUAUACCUCGGCACGGCCGUCAGCACGACAUGGGGUGCCCUACACGUGCUCUUCCUCGGCGGGCUAACAUUCCUGCACUGCCUGUGGGCCAGCAAGGAGGUACGGCAGAGCUACAGGCGCGACGCCGUGUCGGCGAUCUGCACGUCGUGCACGAUAGUGCUGGUCGUCAUGGCGGAGCGGUGGUCUGCGGCCGCGCCGUACCGGGACGCGUUCAACGCCCUCGCGGCCGCGACGCAGUCGAUGCUGGUGGACGGGGAUAGCGCGCAGGCGGUUCCGUCGCUGCCGGUGCUGGAUGCCGCGGAGCAGGGGAACAUGGCGAAGUUCUUGUCUGGGAUUGAGGAGAUUGGCAUGUGUGAUUCUGUUGAGCACUUGCUUGGGGAGAUGGUAUGA